UCCAAGUACGAGGACACAUCAAACCGUGUUAGUCUCAAAGACUUCAAGGGAUUAGCAGCUCACAAGCGCAUGGAUCGUUUUGGAUUUCUAGCGUGCCCGCUUUGAAUGUUGCUAACAAUCCGUGACGAGUUUUCGAUGAACACAAGAUAUUUCUGCAUGUCCUAUUCCGGAGAAUGCUGCAUAACGUCAAUUUUGCUACUUACGCAAAUUGAACGUAUUCCCAGUUAUUGCCGCUAGUGGCUGUGUGGACCCGAUUUAUCUGGUGUCUCAUGUUUUGACCGCUUUUAAAGCUUUGUUCCAAUACAAUUAUUUCAGGAGAUAGCGGUGGUUUGCACCUCUGCUGCCUAUCAGGAAACAUUAGCUGAAACCAGAGUACAACGCAAGAAACAGACGAAAGGUCUCUGCAGAGGCUCUGCAGUUGAAGAUUGUACUAUUUCACUGCUUUGUCUUCUCCGCUUUCGUUUUUUUUUUGGCUGUCAUGGAUUUUAUGCUACUGACAGUCAUUGAAUCGGUAACUGCCACUUACGGUGAAAUACGAUUAUUUGCAACACCAUGAAUAGCGGCGGCUGGGAAAGUAACCUGAAGCUGUUCCUGUUGAAUCCCGCAUCUUUUCGCUAUAGUUUACCUUGUCACUUUGUGCUUUCAACCAAUCUUUUGAAGAGUGGAAUUGAGGGACAGGCUGUGUUGGCUAUUUUUCUUUAAUGUCCGUAAAGUUCUAGAAACGGAUUUUCUACCACUAGCAAAAAAGCAAUAGUUUCAAUAUAGAUGUUUGAAUUAGUCGGAAAAAAUUUGGAUCGGAGGGUUUUGUUUUUACGUUAUGUUUUAUGCAGCGGAUAUUGAAUGUGACUGCUGUCUCCAACUGACUGAUUAAAGGAAAUGGAAGUUUUCGCUGCUCUGAUUGUGUCCAUCUCUUGGAUCUUAUGUACCGACACUGUAACGAGUGAUUCCAUAAUUCACAUAGGUGCAAUUUUUGAGGAGACUGCCAGAAAGGAUGACAAAAUGUUUCGAUUAGCUGUGGCUGAAAUGAACAUGAAUGAAGAAAUAUUGCAAAAUGAAAAGAUAACAUUCUCUGUCAGAUUUGUUGAUUCCAACAAUCCAUUUCAAGCUGUUCAAGAGGCCUGUGACCUUGUGUCACAAGGGAUUUUGGCUCUAGUUAGCUCCACUAGCUGUGCACCUUCAGCUUCACUCCAGUCCUUUGCAGAUGGAAUGCAUAUUCCUCACCUCUACAUUCAGCGCACACCAGCUGGAACUCCACGUUCUCAAUGUUCUAUUGCAAAGAAUACAAGAAACAGUGAUUACACGCUUUCUGUCCGUCCUCCUGAUUACUUCAAUGAAGUCAUACUUAAAGUAAUCACAGAAUUUUCCUGGCAGAAGUUCAUGAUCUUCUAUGACGAUGCAUAUGAUAUUCGUGGGAUUCAAGAAUUCUUGGGCCAAGCUGGUCAACAGGGAAUAGAGGUUUCACUACAAAAGGUUGAGGCCAGCAUAAGCAGCAUGUUCACAGGCCUUUUCUCUACACUUGGGUUUGAUGAGCUGAGCCGUUUCCGAGACAUGCUUCGAAGAGCCUUACUUUUUCUUAACCCACGCACAGCAAAGACCUUCAUUAGUGAGGCAGUUGACACCAAUUUGGCAGCUGUUGAUAGUCACUGGAUCUUCAUAAAUGAGGAAAUAAAUGAUGCAGAUAUUCGGGAGCUGGCAAAGAGAUUGACCGGCAGAUUGACUGUCAUUCGGCAAAUUUUCCCAAUGUCAGAAAGCAAGAGCCAGUACUGUCUGAGAAAUAAUCACAGAUUUUCUUCUGUGAUGUGUAAUCCUAAAGAUCCCUUCACACAGCACAUGGAGAUCUCCAAUCUCUAUGUUUAUGACAGUGUUUUACUGCUGGCUGAUGCCUUCCAUAAAAAACUGGAAGAUCGAAAAUGGCACAGCAUGGCUAGUCUGACAUGUAUUAGAAAAAAUUCUAAGCCAUGGCAAGGUGGAAAGUCUACAUUUGAUGCAAUCAAAAAGGGAAAAGUGAGUGGAUUAACUGGAAUGCUCAAUUUUAGGGAUGAUGGUACAAAUGCCAAUGUCCUGUUUGAAAUUCUUGGCACCAGUUACAGUGAGGAAAAGGAUAGAGGGAUUCAACGUCUAGGACUUUGGAGUCCAACCACUGGAUUGAAUGGUUCUCUAAUAGAUCAAAAACUGGAAAACAGUAUGGAAGGAGUGACGCUGCGAGUUGUGACAGUACUGGUUCCUCCGUUUGUUAUGGUGUCAGAGAACAUAUUUGGUCAACCCAAAGAAUUUUGUGGUUUUUCUAUAGAUGUUCUGAAUGCCUUAUCAGAGCAUCUUGGGUUCAAAUAUCAAAUUUAUCAAGCUCCUGAUAAUCAAUUUGGUAAAUUACAAAGUAAUGGAAAAUGGAAUGGAAUGAUAGGAGAGCUUGUUAACAAGAGAGCUGAUAUAGCGGUUUCAGCCUUGACAAUUACCCCAGAGAGAGAGAAUGUUGUGGACUUCACUGGUCGAAUCAUGGACUACACCUUAGGAUUUCUACUUAAGAAGCCAGAACACAAAGUGGAUAUGUUUACCUGCCUAGAACCAUUUGAUCUGACAGUAUGGGCAUGUAUUAUAGGUACUCUGUUUAUAAUAGGCCUGCUUGUCUGCAUGUUUAGCUGGGUAAAGCCAUCACCACUUCAAAUAGGAUCUGUGACAUCAACAACUUUGUACAAUGCUGCGUGGCUUGUUUAUGGAUCAUUUGUACAACAAGGAGGAGAAGUUCCCAUUAAUACUUUGGCAGUUCGCUUGUUGAUGGGGUUUUGGUGGCUUUUUGUGUUUAUAAUCAUCUCCACAUACACUGCAAACCUAACUGCCAUCUUGACCAACAAUCGGAUUGAAAACCCUAUUCGAUCUUUUCAAGACCUUGCCAAACAAACAGAUGUUCCAUAUGGUACGGUCCUUGAUUCAGAAGUAUUGCAUAUAAUCAAAACCAAGGGUCGAAAUCCAUUUGAACUUGAACAAACAUAUGCUCAUUUGUGGAAUAUGAUAAACAAAACAAAUGGUUUGGAGAACUGUGUGAAGAGAAUUCAUGAUGGAAUUCAAAGGGUAAAAUCUGGAAAUUAUGCAUUCAUCUGGGAUGUUGCAGCACUAGAAUAUAUUGUGGAGAAUGAACCUGACUGCACCCUUGUCACAGCAAGGAAUUCUAAAGUCGAUAGAGGUUAUGGCAUUGCUCUUCAAGAUGGCAGCACUUACAGGGAUAUUUUUUCACACAGGCUUCUGGAACUUGAACAAAGUGGUGAAUUGGAUGCACUAAAGCAGAAAUGGUGGCCCAAGGUUGGAAAAUGCGAUUUGCAAAGUCAUGUUAAAACACACGGAAAAGGAGGACCUAUGGAUCUACAAAACUUUGCUGGAGCAUUUGGUUUUCUUGCUUUGGGUGUUAUUUUGGCUUUUAUUGCUGCUAUAGUAGAAACUUGGUGGAAAGGUGAAAAGAAAACAGACUCUCAUCGGGAGGACAAUGAAAUUGAAAUUGAUCAGAUCCAGAAACAGCGAGAUGAUCUGUCUAAAGUCGACGAGAGUUCUCUUAAAUUUUCACCAUCAUUCGUAGGCUUAAAUUCUUUUGAACUAUCUAUGAUGCCAGCUGGUGACAAUCAAGAUCAAUAUAGUGAUUUCAGGAACACUCAUUUGACCAUGUCAACCUUCAUACCUGACCAGAUGCGGAGGACAAGCACAUGUAGCUUAUCAGCUAAGACUUCAUCUGGAUUGCCACUGAGUGGCACAGCUGCUGAACAAACUACACAAUACGUAUGCACACCACAAAAUGAGAGAGAUUGUAGCAGUCCUUCUUCUUUCCUCUGA